GCCAUUACGGAGUGCGAAACAUUGCUCAGUGAAGUGCAUUUUUACGCGUGAAUAUUUCUUUGAAACUCACAUACCACUCGUUGGAAUUACUUCCGUCUAUUCUGGCACAUUGGAGUCCAACGUUUCCGUUAGUUAACGGCCAUCAAUAACACGCGUAGGGAUCAUAAAAGAAAACCAAUAGCGCUUGUUCGGUUCACAGACGAGGUGAAAAUCGAGAUUCGCGACAGCGGAAAGCACACACGUAACAGCCCACCAACUAACCCUGCGUGAAACAAUGGCGUCGAGCGUUUUUUAGCCAGUUUUUGGCUAGUAUGAAUGGAUGAUGCAAAUUUUUUUCCAGCUUAGUUUAGCUGCUACAAGUGGCUGCAAAUAUUUGUUCUUCACUGAUUGAUGUCAACCAAACAAAGAGUAGCGUUUUGAAAAAGGUUUAGGAGUACUUACGAUCAAUAAUAGUCGAUUAACUGUGCGAAGUUCACCCAGCAACUUCACUGGUUAUUAACAAAUCACUACACUGUGUUCGCCAUAUUGAAAAUUUUCCACUUGCUAGCGCACGCUGAGGCAGUGUGUGAGUGUAGGUACAAAAAUUUGAGUGUAUUGUGUACCGUAAUUUUACCUGCUCCAGCCAUCCAGAAGAUAGCGGAAAACGACUUAUUGGUGUGCGUGAUAUAGUUGCUGGAUCGGAGUAUACAUUGUCAUUCAUGAAGUUAUUUUUUUUCUGAUGCUACCUAUCCGAGCAGUGCGGUGUUUGUUUAUAAUAAAAGCUGAUGUUUUCGCUUAAAAGAUCGGAAAAGUUAAAUUUUCUGAAACUGAAAGUAAUAUAGAAAUCUUACACCAAAAGAGUGUCGUGCAUUUGUUGCUCUGUUGCUAAUUAGUUGCGGCUAUUUAUUCUGCCGUCGAGCGGCUGGCUAGUGUUCUGGUUUAUCGAUGGCGUCUGGUAGCGCCAGUGGCAGUCUAGCGAAGGAUGACUCCAAGUGGUACUUCACCUCAGAGCAGCUGGCCAAUUCGCCUAGCCGCAAGUGCGGCAUGGACGCCGAUCAGGAGCUUAUGUACAGACAACGGGCGGCCAAUUUAAUUCAGGACAUGGGCCAGCGAUUGCAAGUAUCACAACUAUGUAUAAAUACUGCAAUUGUGUACAUGCACCGAUUCUACGCAUUCCAUUCCUUCACACACUUUCAUCGUAACAGUAUAGCGGCGGCGGCGCUUUUCCUUGCAGCUAAGGUGGAAGAGCAACCCCGGAAACUCGAGCAUAUUAUCAAAGUGGUGCAUAUCUGCUUGGGCCUGGAGGCUCCUGAUCCGCUAAAGGAAAGCUAUGCGGAACAGGCACAGGACCUGGUAUUCAAUGAGAAUGUUCUACUGCAAACGCUCGGGUUUGACGUGGCCAUCGAUCAUCCACACACGCACGUCGUCAAAACAUGCCAUUUGGUUAAAGCUUCCAAGGACUUAGCUCAGACAUCAUACUUUAUGGCUUCUAAUAGUUUACACUUGACGACCAUGUGUCUGCAAUACAAACCAACUGUUGUGGCCUGUUUCUGUAUACAUUUAGCGUGUAAAUGGUCCCGAUGGGAGAUCCCCCAAUCGAACGAAGGGCGUCAUUGGUUUCAUUACGUAGACAAGUCUGUCACGCCGGAUCUGCUGAAACAGCUUACAGACGAGUUUCUUCACAUCUUUGAUCGCUGCCCAACACGGUUGAAGAGCAAGAUGAAAUCGAUACGCGCUGACCAAGCACAAUCGGACGAUACAAGCCGAAGAAGCGCAAGCAGUUCCUCCGGCAUGCCAGGGUCCUCGUCUAUUUCACGAGGCAUCGACGACGCUGGCUCGUCGUCCUCUAGUCAUCAUCGGUCAUCGUCGCAUUCACAACAUUCGCACUCUAAACAAAGCUCUGCUAGUGGUGACCCGAUGCUGAAAACAUCACAAUCAUCAUCAUCGUCCAAUUCUAAGUUGUCUUCAUCUUCGUCCAGUAACUCCCGCUCCCGCGAUCGUCCUUCCUCUUCAUCAUCACAACAGCAGCAGCAACAGCAUAAUCAACCGCAAACGCUUACAAGCAGUAGUGGUCAUUAUGGCUCAGGUGCUGUAAUUGGAAAAAUGCAACAGCCGGUACAGCACCACAGCAGCAGUCGAUCCGGUGGACCUUCCCAAUCGUCGUCUUCAUCGUCGGUGCGAACCAGUUACAUGCAUGAAGGUAUACGAGAUCCUAAAAAUCGCAUGAUGGCCAACGUGGCAAGUUCCUCAUCAUCGAUACAAAUGAAUCCGUACAAUCCAAACAAACUGGAUCGACACAGUAAUCAGAAAAACCAAUCGAUGCCUCACGGUGAAGGCAAGAGUACGAAUAAAUCUCAAAAUUCCAUGGCGGCGUCACUUUUCAGCAACAAUUCUGAUAUGACUUCGCGAAUGUCAUCUUCUUCCUCUAUGAUGAAACAGCCUCAGGCUCCAUAUGGAUCGCACCCUCCUAGUUACAGCCAAUCAAUGAGUGGAAGAAGUAACAUGCCUUCAGGUGAAUCAACUUCCGUCCCUAAUCAACAACAGCAACAACAACAACAGCAAUACAAAAACCAGUUGCAACAAUUAUCAAGCAGUUCAGAGUCGUCCUUCCGCCUUAUUGACGACAGUAACCGAUUAACAGAUCCAAUGCAAAUUUGCACACCUCCCAAACAGUCGAAACCAUCGUCGAUUUUCAGCCCGGACUGGAAGGAUACUCAGGUAGAGAAUAAUAGUUCUAGUGUGGCAAACACAGUCUCCGCAGGCGGCAGUGCUGGCAAAGCUCGCCCACAAGCUCAUCCUCCGGGUCUGGUGAAACAUAUUAAAGAAAGUCCCAGCAGCAGGGAAAAGAAACCUGUGUUACCAUUGUUUUCGGACCAACAAUCCCAGCAGCAUAAGCAGCGUUCCGAAACUCCUAAGAAAGAACGACGCUCCGAUGCUUCAAUGGCUUCCAGUGGUAACCAACAACUGAAAUCGGCUGAGAAGAAGACAGCUACCUCUUCAUCAAGCUUAAAAAGACCUAUUGAAUCUACACAAUCUGUCAAUAGUAUAUUCACAGGGAAUACUACUCAUACGUGCGAUCUACUCGGUAUUAAUAAACUUCCUACUGCUGGCCAAGCACCAACGAAACGACCACUUCCUAAUAGUGAACAAAUUCGCAACGACGACGGUACUGAUUUUCGGGAAUCGAAAGUACGGAAAGUGGAAGUACCAUCACCUUCGGAUCAGCUAUUUGCUUCGACGUUCGAUUUAGCCAAUACCUUUGACAAACAAGAUGAUGGAUUCUCUCUGUUUUCAUUUAACGACCCGGGAUCGCUGCUGUCGCAGCCUUUAUUGAGUGACUCAAAACCAAUUACGAGCAGUAAGAGCAGUUUCUCUAGUACGGUGAAUGGCAUUGAGACCAAUCCUGCACUGGUCAGUAGUUUACUGAAGGAAAGUCUUUGUAGUAGCGAAAGUAAAUUUGGCACCCUCACUAGUAGUAACACUAGCAAUAGCAGCAGCAGUUCUACUAUGGCAGCAAAUGCUUCUAUUGUUUCAUCAGCGCCUGGUUCGAUAACAGGAACAUCAUCAUCUCUGCUAUCGGUGCCAUCAUCUGGUAUUGCACCCUCAACUUCAAAUAUGAGUACGUCUUCGGUUGUAAACCAAAUGCUCAAAGUACCUGACACAAUUAAGAGUGAGCCCGCGUCUAUUGAUAUGAAUGCUCCGACGACAAUCAGCGGCACAUCUUUCGACCCUGUUUCGUUACUACCUUCAACUACGUCAACGGUGUCAUCUGGCGUAUCAUCAAUGCCGUCAUCUGCCGUCUCCGUUGGUGCAAUUACUAGCGAUAUCCAAACCCUUACAGGGGAUAUACUCACAGCUCCUUCCAAAGACGACGAACAUCAUCGUUCUAAGUCAGAGAAGAAGAAGAAGAAAGAUAAGCACAAGCACAAGGAGAAGGAUAAAUCCAAAGACAAAGACAGGGAGGAGCGCAAAAAACACAAGAAAGACAAAGAUCGUCAUCGAGAUCGUGAGCGUGAAAAGUCUAACACAACUGCUGAAGAACCUUUAACAGCACCGAUCAAGAUCAAACUGCCUAAGGACAAACUUAAUCUUCCUUCCCUUUCGGAUAAUCCUGAAGUUUCAGCAAAUCGCGCUUCUACUUUUGCUGCUGCUGGUAGCGGCAUCCCAGCGUCAUCCGAUUCAGGACUGAAAAUAAAAAUUCCAAAAGACAGAUUAUCCGGGUCAUCUUCACUUGGCGCCACGGUAACUACGGGUAUGGGGGCAAGCAGCUCUUCAAUGGGGGCCAAUUACCCAGCAACAGCAGCGCCCAAUCCUCUGAAACUGAAAAUCUCUAAGGACAAAAUUAUUAGUACAGGUAGUGUCGACAACAGUCACAAUAAUGGCUCUGGUCAUGGUCACAAUAGUGGUAAUAGUGGCACCGGUCUUCACCACGGUCACAGUGGCAAGAAGAAAGAUCGCGAAAGAGACCGUGAGAAGACCAAAUCGAGCAAAUCUUCAGUUGCCACGGCUUCCGUCGACUAUGCAAAACAUAAUGGUAACAGCAGUGGUUCGUUAGCUGGCAGCGGUGGGACGAGCGGAAACGUUGCUAACAAAUCAGGUUCCAGCAAGAUCAUUCAACAGCAGCAAUACUCCAUGUAUAACGCCAACAGUCAAGCCGCUGCUUCUCAGGCGUCAAUGCCCCACCAUCCAGCUAGUUUCGACUACAUGCAGCAUGCACAAGCACCGACGCUUCAACAACAACAGCAGUACUUCAACCAAUUUGGUACAUUCAACGUUCAGCAGCAACAGCAAACAAUGAUAAAUAGCAGCGCAAUAAAAACUUCUGGCGGCAAUAUAGCCGCCGUACUACCACCUUAUUACUACAACUCUAGUAAUCAAAAUAAUGGUAGCAACUCCAGCAAAAAAUAGUUUUUACCAAUAAUCGAAGCGCAAGAGAUAAAUGUAAAAAUGUGAAUAUCAACUAGUUUAUCGAAUUAUUAUGUUCACUUCUUGUUAAGUUUUCUUUUCUUCAUUUUACUUAUGAACAAUUUUUCUCCACUAAUCGUUAAACCUGGAGCAUCUUUAUUUAUGUAUUGUUCCUAAAUCUACAGAAUAAAUUAUGCUGAAAAAAAUUUAAAAAAAUGAAGUGCUGAAAUAUGACAUGCCUCUAAAGCAAUAUUAAACAUUCGGUUGAUGAUAUUUGGUCGAAAAAGUCUAUCAUUGACGAAAUUAGGAAUCUUUAAAAUGUAUAUAAACUGUUCACAGGAUUAAAUGCUCUUGAGAGUCAAAAUGCUUUGAUACCAUCGCGACCACACUUAGUAAAAUAUCAAUUUUCGUACAGCGGCUUGAUAUGCCCACAUAAAUUGGGCUUUCUUUGUUAAAUACCCCUAUGUGUAUCUCGGGAGAGUAAUGUUAAAUAUUACGUAUAGGUAAUAAUGAAACCAUAUGACAGUUGAUUAACAAAAUUCAAAAAUAACUAUCCUAUUAGCAACUUUCAAAAAGAAAAAUAAACAUCUAGAAGGAAAAGAAAAGUCUAAUUCUGAGAAGCGAUAACUUUAAACACAAAACGAAAAACAACCAACAGCAUUAACCAUAUAUCCCAAGAUUCGUGGAAAUAUAAUAUUGUGCUGGUUGAAAACUGAACAACAAAGCUGUAGUUAGAAAAUAUUACGUUGUAUUCCCGUUUAUUGUAUGCUAUCACUAAUUAUAGUGAAUCUAUGCGGGUGACUGACGUAGUACGUGGAACCAUUAAAGGCUCAUAUAAA